AAAAACAUGGGAACGAAGUUGCAGGAUUAGAAGCACAGAAUAGAGAUCUCUAUUCUGUGUUAGAAGGCUGCUUUUUAUUUCAAAAUAGUAGGGAGCGCAUUCGAGAAAGGAGGGACGAGCUUAAUCGAAUUAUUGCAGUAGUUUUAAUAAUUUCGUUCAUCCCUCUUCAUCAUUUGUUCGUCAGUUUGUCAGCAGAUAUUUGCUUCGCAGCGCUUCUUCUCUCUUCCCUGCGGAUAUGUCAAACACAAACUGGGGUUGUUGUGGUACGGCCUAGAAAUGCUUCUGUUUCGUUUUUAGAUAUAGCCUCAAGAAACCAUGAUAUGCAAAAUGGAUGAACAAACAUGGAAUGUUUUUUCGACACAAAAUGCAUAUGCACAAGAGGAUGCCGACGAAGCAGAUGAAUUUGAAGGAACAGAUAUGCUUCUAGACGAUAGGUACGAAUCUGAGAUCGUCUCAAAACGGUUCCAAGAAGGCGGACGACUCACGUUUGCCAGUCCGCGGUCGCCAAAUUCACCACAAGGUGAAUUUGAGUAUAACAGUGGGUAUGAUGAUGAUGCCAGAAACCACAGUAUGAGUGAAGUAGACAGUGUCAUGUCAAUACCACCAAAUGAUUUGCUUGUAAAGUUUGAUAUCCUCCAUCAUCGUGUUGCACAACAAGGAAAGAAGAAGUUUGUGCUCUAUACAAUUGUGAUAAUGGAAGUUCCCAAACUGGACACAGACCAAGCAAUCAUUGAAAGACGUUAUAGUGACUUCAACAAUUUACACAAAGGUGUCCGCAAAGAAUGUCCUAACGCAUUGAAGGACGUAGCCUUUCCAAAAAAGGAAUUGUUUGGCAAUUAUGAUAAUACGCUUUUAGAAACAAGAGGAAGAAAGUUUGAGAAAUACUUACGAUACAUAUUUCACCAGCAAGGUGUAAGAGCAAGCAACGCUUUUAAGGAAUUCUUUUAUCUACGUCAUCUGAAGCUUGGCACGGCGUAUUUACGAUCUGAAGACUACCCUGAAAGUUUUGAAGAAUUUAAAACAGGAUUACAUUUACAGAAGAAACUGCAAGAUGCAGAAAUAGAAAUUGUUGCGACGCUUUGUGCCCUCACUGAGAUUUGUAAGCGCCAGCAUAAGUUUGUUGAGGCAGAGCAAUAUGCAUCUCAGGGCUUAGAAUUGCUGCAAUAUGAUAUAAAUAGUAUUUAUUUACUGCCAUUGAUGAAAAUUGCCAUUGACUUGAGAAUAAAGCUGAGAAUGGACCUCACUGGACUGCGUGAAAAACUUCGAAAUGUCGAAUCAAAGACGUCGUUUGAUUUUGAUUCGCAAAUAACAUUGAGAGAAUUAGCUGUCAAAAGAUUUUGAUCAGAGCUCCUUGAAGUGGAUGCGGUCUUGCAGUGAAUUCGGCUCAGUUUUCGAGAGAAUUCAGGAGCUUUUCGAUAGAGAGAAAUGCAGACUAAGAAAGAUGGGUCUUGUACUAAAAAAGGAGUUGACCAAGUGAUAAAAUUGUCCACUGGAAGCUCUGGAGUUAUCAAAACACAACCAGUGGGUUAAAUCGUAUGGUUAUUUGUAAAUAGGAGGAAAGACACUCCAGUCUGUGCUUAUGGGGACUCAAAAGUUUGUUUGCCUUGUUAUUUAAAGUAGAAUAAAAGUAAGACUUAAAAUUUAAUUAGAAGCAACACGGACCUAUAUGUUAGUUAUUAUCGAGUUACUGUGUCGAGAAAAUUGUAAUGUAGCCUACUUUCCCCUCCCAUGAAUAGUGCUUCUUUUUAAAACUGUUCAGAAUUUCAUACCCCAUGCCUCCUUCGUUACCAAGAGAAUUUUCAUUACUGUUAUAUUAUUCAAAGAACUACUGUUUUAAAUUAGUAAAAUUUGGUGCAAAGAUACAAGAUCUUGCUUGGCAACAACUAUUUUCUUAUCAGCGGGUAAAAAUUCACUAGAUUUCACUUGUUGCCCCAAUUGAGCACGCACGAUUAUUAUUUUGAAAUCAUCAAUUUGUGGGAACUUAUGCCUAGUCAGACAAAACUCUUCUGCCUUAAGAACCCUCAACUUUGGAAUUCUUAUGAAGACCAUAGUCAUAGUCAGUCGAUCUGGCCAAGCUAUUUUGCUUUUAUUCUUCUGUAUAAUUUGCUGGUAUCCCAUCAAUAAUUGCAGCAUAAAGGCACUACCAAAAGAACUUGGAACACCAACGUUAGAUUCAAGGAAGAAUUCAGCAAGCCCUCUCGCCCCCUUCAGACAAUGAAGAUUAACUAUAAAAUGGCGCAGGAAAUUAGAAAAAGCGGUUCUUCGUGUGACUCUCUGGUAUUGCCUAAGCUGUAAGCAUUUUUUCGGGGAGGGGGGGGGGAGGUAGUAGUAUUUGGGAAAAAGAGAAAUCUCGACUCAAGGUGUUUGAUGUUCCAAGUAAUCUUGACACGCUUGUUUUUUUUCUGUUGUCCUUUUGUCCUUGAAAGACUCUUGUCAUUAAUACCUGUUCAUUAUUUUGGCCUUGUCAUCAAAAACCAGAUUAUUUCUCCAAGCAGAUCGAAAUUUCAGGAAUAAGUAUUUUCAUUCUGCUUAACAUGAUAUUUCAAAAUAAGAUUUGAGCUUUUAUUUCAAAAUUUCAUACUGUAAAAGAUAGAUUAUGCCGGGGAAUGCUAUUCAUUUACUGGCGCUGAUGUAAAGAUCUCUGUUCUUUGCUACAUUAUUCAAAGCUCAAUGCUUGAAGAUUUGUGGGGUGGGCUUUCUUUUCUGAUUCAAUUCAAGCGUUUACUGGCGAGUUUAUAGAAAGGUGGCUUUCUGGUGGUAUUUCCUAUAAGAUUUAUGUCGGUUGUUGCCUGACGAUGGUAUGAAGCUACGUCUUCGCUAGUUUGCAGUUACCUUAUUGGGGGUAGUUGGAACCUGUGCAAGUAUAAAAUAAUCUGAUAGCAGUACCGAAGACAUAUAAGCAAUAACACCAAAAGAAGAAAGAAUUAUGUGCUAUUUCAUCUACCGAUAGACGAAUUUACCGCCAAAUUAUCGAUUUUUUUGAAAAGCUGAAGGUUUAGUUUUCAAUGUUCAGUUUUCAUCAUUCAUCAAUCAAUCCUAAAUACAAUUCUACAUAAUACACUGCACCUAAAUUCAUACAAAAAUUCCGCAAUAAAUUAAAAUUAAAGAUUACAGAAAAAUAUUUUUAUAUGAUUGUAUUUAAGAUUGAUUGAUUUAGGAGGAGCUCUCUAAAUAGGUUAACGAAUCGAGAGAGACCCCCCCCCCUAAAGUAGAAAUAAUAAAACUACAACGUAUUUUAUUAGAAUCAAAACAAAUUGUUUGCCAGGUUUUUCUGAAGAGACCAAAUGAAUAGCAACAAUUUAGAGAGUUUUUUAAUCAAGAAACAAGGUUAAGUUCACGAAGUGAGUUUUCAGUAUGAGUCAAGGAAAUGAAUUU